CGUUUUACUUAUUUUGUCGAAACACAAUUUCAAAAUAAAUUAACAUAUAUUAAGGGUUGCAAAAAAAAGUUUUUUCCUUCAAAUAAAAUUUUCUUAUCUAAAAAAAAUUAAUUUUUGAAAAUGCAAUCUAUUAAAUGUGUUGUAGUAGGCGACGGUGCUGUCGGUAAGACGUGUCUUCUUAUAAGUUAUACUACAAAUGCCUUUCCUGGAGAAUACAUUCCAACUGUAUUUGACAAUUAUUCAGCCAACAUUAUGGUCGAUGGAAAACCAAUUAAUUUAGGACUUUGGGACACAGCAGGACAGGAAGAUUAUGAUAGAUUGCGUCCACUUUCAUAUCCACAGACUGAUGUAUUUUUGAUAUGCUUUUCGUUAGUUAGUCCACCUUCCUUGGAAAAUGUUAAAAAUAAGUGGUAUCCAGAAAUUUCUCAUCAUGCUCCAAAUACUCCAAUUAUUUUGGUUGGAACAAAAUUGGAUCUUCGUGAAGAUAAGGAUACAAUUGUAAAAUUACGUAUGAAAUCUCAAUCACCAAUUACAUACCCUGAAGGAUUACAAAUGGCUAAAGAAAUUGGAGCCGUACGUUAUCUUGAAUGUUCGGCUUUAACACAGAAAGGACUAAAAAAUGUCUUUGAUGAAGCUAUCCGUGCUGUUCUUUCUCCUAAUCCUAUCAAAAAGAAGAAAUCAAAAUGUGUUGUUAUGUAAGACUGUAAAACGGGGGUGUAAUAUAUUUAUUACAAAUGUUGUAAAUUAUACAAUCAAAUAGAUAAAAAAGAUCAAUUGAGGUUUUUUAUUUAAUUAAUUCAAUUAAUUAAUAUAUAUGUUUUCGU